GCGAGCGAGCGAGCGAGCGUGGCGCCUUGGAAAACCAGCAGGGUCUCGAUCCCGCCAGCGCAGGAGGUAAAUCUAGGGCGCUGUGGGUCGCCCCCACACCAGGACUGGGUGAAAAGAGGGGGCGGGAAAACCUCCUUCCCGGGAGGAAAGGACACCCCCCAAAAAACUUGGAGAGACAAGAUCCAGACGUCUCCAUUUGUGCCUGCCCCCUCCCUAAAAGGGAGGAAAUAACCCCCUCCCCAAAAUUAAUUUUUCUCCCCUUCCUCUUCAGCUUUAGGAAAGGUUUAGGUCCCCCAUUCCAGAUAUGAAGUAUUAGGAUAACUCCCUCCAUCUGAAAGAUCACAGGUUGUUGUUAUUAUUAUUAUUAUUAUUAUUAUAUUUGUAUCCUGAUGUGAUUUACCCCCCCCAUGCCACCCACGCCGCUACUGGACCUUCCGUUAAAAAGGCCACCCUACUUAAACAUUUUAAAAGGGUUUCUACCCUUCUAGGCAGCCUAAAGAGCUUUUUCGAUUCAAUUAAAAUUGGCCCAAAUCCGCCCAGAUCCACCCAUUCUUGGUGCUCCAAGACAAAACACGGGAACGCAAAAUCCACGGCCGCAUCCACUCCCUGCCCCCACGCCAUCCGGGGCUUGCACCCCACACCCUGAGUUGCUCCCACUCCUCCCUCUCAUCCGUUGUGUGAAUUUCUUUCCAAAGAUGUGUCACCAGCUUCUUUGCCCUCCGAACGGAUGCUUCCGUCCCCGCUGGUAAUUUCCACUCCUUUAUCAACUCCUUGAUUGUUAAGUCCAAGGUGGUGAAAGAAAGGGAAAAGGGGUGGGUGGGAGAGGGCAGCGUGCAGGGUGGGUGUCCAGUUUGGCCCCAAUCCUGGCAGGCUCCUCACCUCCUACUCCCAGGGAAUGCCUUUCCUAUUGCCUAGGUGUUGGGGCUUGCCUUGCUGUUUUCUAGCCAUCUCUGAGUUACUUGGGUGGCUCCCGGAGCGGCACUUGGCAGCUUUGAGGCCUGUAUCUCAGCCUCCAAAGAUACACUCUGCCCGUCUUGGGGUAGGCUCCACGGCCUCUGCCCAUCUUGGGGUAGGCCUCACACCCUGCCUCGGUCGUCCUCCACCUUUGGCUUUUCCUUCCUGUGACCCCCCGGCGGCCGCCCUGUGCUUUCUGGCCUCAUGGCAGCCAAGUGGUUCAAGGAGUUCCCAUCCAACCUGAAAACAGUUUCGGAACGCGCCAAGUGCAGCACAUCCCGCAAGAGCCUAGUUUCACCCGAAGCUGGCACAGCUUCGCUGCCUGGCAAGAACCGCAAGAACUCGGCCACUGAGCUGAGUGGCCCGCGGACGCUGCUGGCGCCGGGAAAAGAUGGCGGGGGCGGCCGGCUGUCACGGGACAACUUCCAAAGCCUGCUGCAAGCUGCCGCAGGUAAGAUGCGCAAAAACUCCCGGGUGGAUGGGGCCCCGCCAGAAGAGCUGGCCCGGGGGACAGCCAAAAACUGCGGGACCUACAUCAACCGGCUCAUCAAAGUGGACGCCCACGAGAAGAACGGGAAAAGUUACACCGGGACUGCACCGAAUCCCACCCCAAUUCCUGCGCUGGAGCCAGAGAAACCCAAACAGGAGACGGUUAUUAUCCUGGAAGAUUACGCCGACCCUUACGAUGCCAAGCGAACCAAAGAUCAGCGCGAUGCAGAGAGGCUAGGGGAAAACGAUGGUUACAUGGAACCCUACGACGCUCAGCAGAUGAUUACCGAGAUCCGAAGGCGAGGUUCCAAGGACCCUCUGGUCAAAGCCAUUUUGCUCCUGGAUGAGCCAGCAGAGCCAGGGGCCAAGGGAGAUCCUGCCACUAUGCGUCCGGGGGCCAAACCACCACAGCUCUACGACACCCCCUACGAGCCAGCAGAGACGGGGCCCAAGUCAGAGGCACGGCUUCCGGAGAACGACGAACGGCCGCCGGCUGAGUACGAACAGCCCUGGGAGUGGAAAAAAGACCAGAUUGUGAAAACUCUCUCAGUGCAGUUUGAGGGGUCAGAAAGACCCGGGGCUUCCAGGGAUGAGGCGCCCGUGCCAUCGCGGCAACAACACCGCCGCCAGAGGAGCUGGCCCUCCAAGAUGGUGAAGCCCACGGUGGUGGCAGAGCCUGGCACAGAGGGGGAACGAGUGGAUCCGGCUGUUGUCCUGGAGAAACAGCCAUGGUUUCACGGCGCCAUCACACGAGCCGAGGCGGAGAGCAGGUUACAGCCGUGCCGGGAGGCUGGAUACCUGGUGCGCACCAGCGAGACGGGCACCAGCAAGUAUUCCAUCGCCCUCAAGACCAGCCAGGGUUGCGUCCACAUCAUUGUCGCCCAGACAAAAGAUCACAAAUACACCCUCGACCAGACCGGCGGCCUCUUUGACAGUGUCCCUGAAGUGGUGUUCUUUUACUCCACCGAGAAACUACCUUUCAAAGGAGCGGAGCAUAUGACCCUACGUUAUCCGGUUCCUGUACCGAGCAAGAUCCACUAGCCUCCAUCCCUGACAUCGGAAUUGUGCUGGUUGGAGAACCAGUAGAGGACAAAGGAUACCUUGACAAAUGACUAACAACCAUGAAGCGGUCACCAUAUCCCUCCCCUGUCCCAUGUGGGUCUUAUGUACGAAUCAAUUUCCACACUUCCUUCACGCUCUAGCAUGACCAGUUUGCUGUGUGGGCAGAAGGCCAGGCUGUGAAAGGAGAAACAUGCCCAUUCAGUUCUAUCUACAUAAUAAAUGGGUUUGAAGUCUGGGAUGGCGCAGUGAGGAGAAGGGGAUAAAUCUGGAGUCAACUGGAAAAGGGAAGCAGUCACAAUAUUGCUGCCAAGUCGCUUCCUUUGCUUUCCCCCCAUGACUGAAUGGGUACCGUUGACUCGUAUAAAGAGAAAACACACACAUAUAUAUCAUGGUUAGAAUUUAGAUCAUGCAUCUUAAAGAGGAAAUAGAGGAGUGUCACCCCAGUCUUUGCUUCAAAAGGUUGGGUUCCCCCUCAAAAAAAAGGGGAGCCCUUGAAGUAGGGUUGGUGGUGGGGAAAAUAUGCACAUUCUUUAGUACAUUUGGUCUUUUUAGGAGUGGGGUUCAUAUCAGACUGCCGAAAUAUUUCACGUUCCUUCAUAGCAACCCUGAGACUUGUAGCCACUCACAUUCAAAAGAAUCCACAUCUUCCUUUGUCAAACGAAAGCACUCAACACCAUCUACAUUGCCUUUCCCCAAAGUGGUGCCUUCCAGAUGUUUUGGACUACAGCUCACAUCAGCCCUAACAAUUGGUCCUGGUGGCUGGGGCUGAUGGGAGUCGGAAGUCCAAAAUAUCUGGAGCGCACCAGGUUGGGAAAGUGGCGCUAAAGGGAGGUCAUGUCAUCUAAACUAGGGUGAAAGUGGUUUGUCCUUUUGCAAUGUAGACGUGCCCCCAUUCUAACCUGAAUUCCGUUUGCUCAUACACAUGGGGGCGUCUUCCAGGCUGUAGCCUAUGUAGCGUCAGAUCCUAGCCACAGAGGCGCGCAGAAAUGGA